AUGUCUCCCAAACAGAGGAAGCCAUCCCGCCAGAAAAAGCAAACCUCCUCCGAUUCCUCCGCCGACAGCCCCAUCCACCCGACCAAUUACCGAGAAAUCCACCAGAACGAGGUCGAGGCAUUGCGCUCGAUCUAUGGCGAUGACUUUGAAGAAGUAGAGAAUAAGCGUUCGGCCUGGCAGCAAACCUCCAAUGUCACAUUCAAACUCCACCUGCGAUCCUCGUCAAAUCCAGAUGUCAUACUAAUCCUACAGGUGGAACUGCCGGCCACUUAUCCUAAAACAAUACCCAACCUGUCACCAGGGAACCUCGACGGAUUUCGCGAUGGAGCGCGUUCCAGGAUCCAGGACAUUCUUCGCACCAAGCCUAAUACCCUCCUGGGAAGCGAAAUGAUUUACGAACUGGCUGUAUCUAUACAAGAUGUGCUGGAAGAUGUUGCCCAGGCCCAGGCCCAGGACAAGGACUUGCCGAGCCUCGAAGAAGAACGCAUGGAGCAAGAAGCAGCAGCCCUCCAGCGCGCAGAUCUUGAGCAGCAGGAGGAACUCCGGAAGCAAAAGGCAGCAGCCGCGGAAGAAGAGCGCGCCUUGCAGGAAAUGCUGAAAGACAAGAUGCGACAGCGGAACAAGGCCCGGAUCUUGAGACGAAAGAGUCGGACCGGCGGCGCGGACACGAGCGAUACGGAUGAUCUGGUGGGAAAUACCCCUGGAGCCAUCUGCUUCGAUCCUCCAUUGGUGGUUAACGACACGGAUGAACAACCACUAGUUUUUCGGGCCGUGCACGGCAAGACCCUAGUACAAAGCAAACCCGGGAAGAAGACCUUCACCGUCAGGCCGGUAGUUUCGGAAAGCAGAUGCCAUGUGCCGCUGCUAAUUUUGAAGGAACUUUGUCUGACGGAGAAGGGAUCUGAAGCGUUAGUUUUUCGGGAGCAAAUGAGGACCAGCGAGGACAAGCUGGAGGCCAUCAAGCGAUUGCGACACUCUAAUUUGGUGGAAUUUCUUGGAUUCAAGAUCAAUCGCCCACUUGGCGACUUCAAUUCGUCUGAUAAUGCCUGGACCGUUUUUGCGCUCUUGGAGCAUGCGAACAAGGGGUCUCUCUCCGAGCUGCUCGAUAUAGUCGGGACCGUCGCGGUUGACAUGCUGCGCGGAUGGAUGAUUCAGUUACUGGAAGCUUUGGAAUUCUACCACCGAAGUGGAUUUGUACAUGGGAACAUUCACUGUGGUCGAGUCUUUCUGUUCAGAACUCCCUCCGGGGGAACUAUCGUUAAACUUCAAUCUAGCAUUGAAGAGGCCUUGCCUGAUUCUCCCUGCGUGAAGCCCUCUUGGACCGCAUCGAAAUCACCACUUUGGCUACCCCCAGAGCUGACGCAAGAACAUGCCUCUCCUUCUAUGAAGACAGAUGUCUGGGACCUUGGAAUCGUCCUCUUACAAAUGGGCUUUGGAAAAGAUGUUCUGCUUCGAUACACAUCUGCCAAUCAAUUGAUGGUGUCUAUGGCACUCUCGCCUCCGCUACAGGAUCUACUCCGAGAGUUCUUCCGCCCAGAUCCUAGGAAGCGUCCGACUGCGUUCCAGCUCCAACCCUCUGAAUUCUUCCGUGUUGAUGCGCCUCUUAAGAUGCGCGAGAGGGAAUCUGCCUCGAUUUCCUCGCACAGACGACCGCGGCUGGACUCCUUCGGAGCGCUGCCAAUUUUCUCCCGAUACCACCAAGACUUCGACGAAGCAGGUCAACUGGGCCGCGGUGGCUACGGACAGGUAGUCAAAGCUCGGAACAAGCUUGAUGGCCGAUUAUAUGCAGUCAAGAAGAUCUCUCAAACAUCUGCGGCAGCGUUGAAGGACACGCUAUCUGAAACUAUGCUAUUAUCUCGACUGAAUCAUCCCUAUGUGGUCCGAUACUAUACCGCUUGGCUGGAAGAGGACUUCACUCAUAUUGAAGAAGAAGCGGUAUCUUCCAUUGAAGGUUCGUACUCCAGUCAAGACCACCCUGGCUUCAGCACAGGGGGACUUGAUUUCAUUAGCUCCAGCGGGUACCCAAAGAUCGAGUUCGCUGGGUCAGAAAGCGACGAUGAAAAUGAAGGAACUUUGUCCGACCCCGCCCAUCCCGGUACACCAGAUACGCACCGAGUCAAUGGCACUGGCACCAGAACCGACACCGGAACUGGGACUAGCACCGGCAGCAUGGAAGAUGCUGAGUUCAGCCAUGCUCGAUCUGGCUCUUAUUCCAGGCCUCUUGUCUCCACACUCUACAUCCAGAUGGAGUAUUGCGAGAAGCACACGUUACGUGAUUUGAUCAGAAAUGGCUUGUGCGAUGACAUUGAGAGUUCGUGGCGUCUUUUCAGACAAGUACUCGAUGGCCUGAGUCAUAUUCACAGCCAUGGCAUCAUUCAUCGUGACUUGAAGCCGGAUAAUAUCUUCAUCGAUGUUGCCAACAACCCUCAAAUUGGUGAUUUUGGUCUUGCCACGAGCGGCCAGUUCACCACUGCAGUACGUUCAUCUGCUGCUGCUGACUUUGAAGGGGACUUUACGCGCAGUCUUGGUACAACAUAUUAUGUUGCACCCGAAAUGAAGUCAGUUGUCUCAGGGCAUUACAACGAGAAGGUCGAUAUGUUCUCGCUGGGUGUUAUCUUUUUUGAAAUGUGCCACCCUCUGCCAACCGGCAUGGAAAGAGAUCAAACCCUCCGCGAAAUCAGAGAAAAGUCUCAUACUCUUCCAGUCACUUUCCAACAAUCCGACAAAGUGCUUCAAGGCCGGAUCAUUGAGACUUUGCUGAGCCAUACCCCGAGUGAACGACCAACAGCAUCCGAGCUUCUCUCCAGCGGCAAAAUACCCUUACAGGUCGAAGAAGAGACUUUCAGACGCGCCAUCGUUCAUUUGCUCUCGGAUCCAAACUCCCCCGAUUAUAAGAAGAUUCUAUCGGCAAUUUUUUCCCAGUCGCCCAAGAAAUUCGAAGAUAUUGCCUGGGAUAUAGACUCGCAUGCAGUGCCAGCCGCCAAUGAAUUACUUGUGCAGGGUCUUGUCAAGAAGAAACUGACUUCAAUCUUCCGGAGACAUGGUGCCGUUGAGUCUACUCGGCAGAUGCUCUUCCCGCGAUCUCAGCAUUACAACAAUGGUGCGGUGCGCGUUUUGGAUGCAUCUGGCAAUCUCCUACAGCUGCCCUACGACCUCACCCUUCCAAAUGCUCGGGCAAUCCCCCGACAAGAUCGGUCACUGGAGAAGACAUUUGCAUUUGGCACAGUCUACCGAGAAUCUACGCAUGGCAGCGAGCCACGGACGCACCGGGAAGUUGACUUUGAUAUUGUGUCGCAUAACACUUUGGAUUUGGCUCUCAAGGAAGCAGAGGUCAUUAAAGUGCUCGAUGAAAUCAUUGAGGAGUUCCCACCUUUGCGGUCUACUCCUAUGUGUUUCCUUGUCAAUCAUUCAGAUCUGCUACAGCUGAUCAUGGAAUUCUGUCGCAUCACGCCUUCCCAGAUCCCCAAAGCAAAGGAGGUCCUCAGCAAGUUGAACGUUGGGAAAUAUACCAUGCAAAAAAUCAGGAGUGAGCUCCGGGCUCCGUCAAUUGGUGUUGCUUCAACCUCGUUGGAUGAUCUUGCACGAUUCGACUUCAGAGACUCAUCAAAGGAGACGCAGCGCCGACUCCAAAGCAUCAUGGAAGGAACCGAAUAUGCCGAGCGAGUCUCGCCGAUCUUCGCUCGCUUGAAUGUGCUCAUGACCUACCUGCAGAGCUUUGGUGUGAAACGAAAAGUUUACAUCAACCCAUUAAGCAGUGUCCACGACAAAUUCUACCGUGGUAGCGUUCUGUUCCAAUGUGUUUUCGACAGCAAACGACGGGAUGUGUUCGCUGCCGGUGGCAGAUAUGACCGGCUGAUUCAAGAACACUCGCCCAACGUCCUGUCAAACCGCCCCCAAGCACAUGCAGUGGGCUUUAACCUGGGCUCGGAUCGACUGCGCUCCUCAAUGAUUGACUAUCUCAAGGCUAAAGCUCCCUCAAAAGAGUCUGAAACAGGGCCAGAGCUCUACUGGGCCGCUCGUCGUUGUGACGUACUUGUCUCCAGCUUCGACGCAACUGUCCUUCGCACAACCGGAGUCAAGCUCAUCGAGGAACUCUGGUCUAACAACAUCAGUGCGGAACUUGCAGUUGAUGCCUCGUCCCUCGAGGAGCUCAUGGCCAAGUAUAAAGACUCCAAUCAUCGAUGGAUCGUGAUCGCGAAACAAGACAGCAAGGAGCGUGGCUUCAAAGUUCGCAACCUAAUGCGAAAGGAAGAAUUCGACAUCCGCACCGCGGAACUUGUAUCAUGGCUUCGAUCAGAAGUACAAGCACGCCACCACCGUGAGGGAACCGCCGAGCCUCGCCCAUCCCGCCAACCAAGCCAACAAGAAGCCCUGGCGUUCCAGGAACGCGCGAAUGACGUCCGAAUCCUCGUUCCCCAACAUCGCAGCAAGAAAACGAACAGAAGAAACAUCGUUGAGUCAGCACUUGUUUCAUCUCGCGAAGUAGCAGAGAAUGCGCGCAACGGCCCCGUUGCCGCAAUCGAUACCCGCGACGAAGUUCUCGACGCCAUUCGAAACACACGUCUCUCUGACCCGGAGAGUUGGCGCACCGUUAUCCAGAACGCCCCCUUGACGGAACGGAAAUACCUCAGUCAAGUGCAUGAGCUACUCGCCGACCUGGCAAUCGAGAACCGCGCAAGUGACAGCUCGGAAAUCCACACGAAUGCUUUUAUUUACAAUUAUAGAACGGGAUCCUGUGUCUACUAUGACCUUGGUCCCUAG